AUGGCAACGCCACCACGGCCUUCGCGCGACUCGUUGUCCUCUGUCUCCACGACAAGCCUCGUCUUCGAGAGGUUAAGCGAACGAGAGAAGCUGGACAGCAGCAAAAACAUAUCCGAUUUCGACGACGAAGACCCCCUUAAAGAUGGCGACGACGAACGCGACGCCUUCCUGGCCGCGGCUGCGGAGGGUGGAAAUGCGGUCGUCCCGAUAGAUCGGAAGAUGAGACGAAUACUCCUUAUCGUGGCUGGGGCACUUAUCGCGGCCUGGGUCGUCGGCCUCUUCACGUACUUGUCGUCCCAGUCGUACCAACACUCGUCCGAGAAAGAACACGACCCGAUGGCUACUACCUCCCGGGGAUCGGGUAAGAAGGUUACUCUGGACCAGGUCCAGUCGGGAUUCUGGUACGCACAAAGUCAUAGCAUCAGUUGGAUCGAAGGGGCAAACGGAGAAGAUGGUCUGUUGCUCGAGCAGGGUGCGCUCGGCAAAGACUACCUGGUGGUUGAAGAUGUACGAAGCUUGGACUCUGAGCACGUCCAGGCUGGUGGCAAGAUAUUCAGCAGUCAAACAUUAAUGCAGAAUGCCUGGUUCAGUUAUGGAAGCCAGCAAAUGGCCCCGGAUAAGGUGUGGCCGAGCCCGGAUUUGAAGAAGGUGCUCAUUGCGACGGAAACCCAGAGUAACUGGAGGCACUCCUUCACCGGCGUGUAUUGGAUAUUCGACGUCGACACUCAAACCGUCGAGCCUUUGGAUCCCGAAAACGCAAAGCGCAGGGUGCAGCUGGCGCAAUGGAGCCCGCAGAGCAAUGCUAUUGCCUACGCUAGUGCCAACAACUUAUACGUGCGCCGACUUGGGGGCAACAAUGUGGUUCAAAUAACCAAAGACGGCGGUCCCGAGUACUUCUAUGGUAUCCCAGACUGGAUCUACGAAGAGGAGGUGUUCUCGGGCAACAGUGCGAUGUGGUGGUCUGAGAAUGGCGAUUACCUUACCUUCUUGCGGACCAACGAGACACUCGUGCCCGAAUAUCCCAUUCAGUAUUUCAUCGAGCGACCGAGCGGCACGCAACCUGCCGAGGGCGAGGAUGCUUAUCCCGAAGUCCGCCAGAUCAAGUACCCCAAAGCAGGAUCGCCCAACCCUUUUGUGGAUCUUCUCUUCUACGAUCUGUCGAGGGGUGACAUGUUCUCUGUCGAGAUCGAAGGCGGGUUUGCCCCUGAAGACUUGUUGAUAACCGAAGUUGUCUGGGCCGGUACCAAGGUGUUGAUCAAGGAGACCAACCGAGUCAGUGACAUCAUGCGGGUCGUGCUGGUAGACGUGGUCGCACGCAGUGGCCAAACAGUCAGAACUGUGGAUGUUGGAAAAAUUGAUGGCGGGUGGUUCGAGAUUACGCACAAUACUCGAUACAUCCCCGCUGAUCCAGCCAAUGGUCGACCGCAAGAUGGGUACAUUGAUGCCGUCAUUCACGGAAACAGCGACCAUCUUGCCUAUUUCAGUCCUCUGGACGCAGCAGACCCCAUCGUGCUGACUUCGGGGGACUGGGAGGUUGAUGACGGACCGUCUGCUGUAGAUCUGAAGAAAAAUCUGGUCUAUUUCCGUGGUACCAAGGAGUCCUCGAUCCAACAUCACGUGUACAGUGUCAAGCUCGACGGGUCUGGGAUGAAAUCCAUCACAGACACCGCUAUCGAAGGGUAUUACGACGUCUCGUUCUCCAGCAAUGCUGGGUACGCCUUGCUUUCAUACAAGGGCCCCAGGGUUCCGUGGCAGAAAGUCAUCAGCACACCCAGCAACCCCGAAUCGUACGAUCACAUCGUCGAGGACAAUAAAGAGCUUGCAUCAAAGGCCAGCAGGCACGAACUUCCUCUUCUCGAGUACGGCACCAUAAACGUGGACGGCUUCGAUCUCAACUACCUCGAGCGCCGCCCGCCUCAUUUCGACCCAAAGAAAAAGUAUCCUGUCCUUUUCCAGCAGUACUCGGGUCCGGGCUCGCAGACCGUCACCAAGAAGUUUCAGGUUGAUUUCCAGUCCUACGUUGCUUCCAGUCUGGGCUACGUUGUCGUAACUGUGGAUGGUCGCGGAACCGGCUUCAUCGGCCGCAAAGCACGUGUAUGUGUGCGCAAGGAUCUCGGUCACUGGGAAGCCCAUGAUCAGAUCGCAGCCGGCAAGAUGUGGGCCGCAAAGAAAUACGUCGACGCCACCCGCAUCGCCAUUUGGGGUUGGUCCUAUGGCGGAUUCCAGACACUCAAGACGCUUGAGCAAGAUGCCGGGCAGACGUUCAAGUACGGGAUGGCAGUCGCCCCCGUCACGGACUGGCGAUUCUACGACAGCAUCUAUACGGAGCGGUACAUGCUGACGCCGCAGGACAACGACGAUGGGUACGACAACAGCGCCAUCAACAACGUCACGGCGCUGGCGAGCAACGUGCGGUUCUUGGUCAUGCACGGGAUUGCGGAUGAUAAUGUGCAUAUGCAGAAUACGCUUACGCUGCUUGACAAGCUAGACUUGGAGGGGAUUGAGAAUUAUGAUUUACACAUGUUUCCCGACAGUGAUCAUUCGAUUCACUUCCACAAUGCUAACCGGAUUGUUUAUGACAAACUGAACAACUGGCUCAUCAACGCAUUUAACGGCGAAUGGUUGAAGAUUAGCAACGCAAAGCCUAAAGAACACGCGCGCAAGCGGGACCUAAAGGAAACCAGGAAGAGAUCAGGCAUAUUCGCUACGUAUAAAAAUACGUUGCCGUUGUCCAUACUGUCUGGUCUGAGGGCGGGUGCAUAG